CGCCAGCCCCCGGUGCGAGCAGUGAGCGCCCUGCUGCCGCCUCCUUCCCCAGGAAGCAGGAACCGAAACAAGUGGAUCCGCCGUCCCCGUCCGAGCGCCCUCCCCCCGGCUCCCCGCCGCUGGCCAUGCCGGCUCGGAGAAGGUAAUGAGCCGCAGAGCCCAGGGGUCUCGGCUGAGCAGCGGCAGCACCAAGCAGUACCAGCGGGGCUGGAAUGACUGGCAACACAGGUCAGUUAUCGGACUAGGCCUCGAGCUGCGGGGGGGCCGGGGGGGGGAACUGGCCCGGGGGGGCCGUGACUGGGAUGGCUGGCCAAGGGGGGGCGGGACUGGGCCGGACACAGGGGGCGGCACUCAGCCUGUCUGCCAUCCAGCCUGGGCCUAGCCUGGCCGGCCCCUCCAUGCUGACCGACUGGCAAAGCAUUGUGGGUAACGGGGGCCACUAACUGUCAGCACCUACCUCACCAGGCCGGGCCCAUAUACUGAAUAUACUGUGUAUACACCACCUCACCUGUAACAUGGGGGGUCAUAUACUGAAUAUACUGUGUAUACACCACCUCACCUGUAACAUGGGGGGUCAUAUACUGAAUAUACUGUGUAUACACCACCUCACCUGUAACAUGGGGGGGCUCAUAUACUGAAUAUACUGUGUAUAAACCACCUCACCUGUAACAUUUGGGGGCUCAUAUACUGAAUAUACUGUGUAUACACCACCUCACCUGUAACAUGGGGGGUCAUAUACUGAAUAUACUGUGUAUACACCACCUCACCUGAAACAUGGGGGGGUCAUAUACUGAAUAUACUGUGUAUACACCACCUCACCUGUAACAUGGGGGGGCCCAUAUACUGAAUAUACUGUGUAUACACCACCUCACCUGUAACAUGGGGGGCUCAUAUACUGAAUAUACUGUGUAUACACCACCUCACCUGUAACUUGGGGGGGGCCCAUAUACUGAAUAUACUGUGUAUACACCACCUCACCUGAAACAUGGGGGGCUCAUAUACUGAAUAUACUGUGUAUACACCACCUCACCUGAAACAUGGGGGGCCCAUAUACUGAAUAUACUGUGUAUAAACCACCUCACCUGAAACAUGGGGGGGGUCACAUACUGAAUAUACUGUGUAUACACCACCUCACCUGAAACAUGGGGGGCCCAUAUACUGUGUAUAAACCACCUCACCUGAAACAUGGGGGGGUCACAUACUGAAUAUACUGUGUAUACACCACCUCACCUGUAACAUGGGGGGGUCACAUACUGAAUAUACUGUGUAUACACCACCUCACCUGUAACAUGGGGGGGUCAUAUACUGAAUAUACUGUGUAUACACCACCUCACCUGAAACAUGGGGGUCAUAUACUGAAUAUACCCGUAUACACCACCUCAAGAAACAUGGGGGCUCAUACUGAAUAUACCGUGUAUACACCACCACCCGAAACAUGGGGGGCUUCAUAUAUACUGAAUACAUACUGUAACCACCCUCACCUGAAACAUGGGGGUCAUAUACUGAAUAUACUGUGUAUACACCACCCAACAUGGGGCCCAUACUGAAGAAUAAACAUAUGAGGGGGGGUCAUAUAGUGUAUAUACCACCUCACGGAAACAUAUUGGGGGGGAGGGGGAUCAUAUACUGUGUAUACACUACCUGACCUGAAACAUGGGGGGGCGCUCAUAUAUUGAAUAUACCUGACAUGAAACAUGGGGGGCUUAUAACCUGAAUAUACUGUGUAUACACUACCUGACCUGAAACAUGGGGGGUUAUAUACUGUGUAUACACUACCUGACCUGAAACAUGGGGGGUUAUAUACUGUGUAUACACUACCUGACCUGAAACAUGGGGGGUUAUAUACUGUGUAUACACUACCUGACCUGAAACAUGGGGGUCAUAUACUGAAUAUACUCUACCUGACCUGAAACAUGGAGGGGGUCAUAUACUGUGUAUACACUACCUGAAAAAUGGGGGGAGGGGGGCCUCAUAUACUGUGUAUACACUACCUGACCUGAAACAUGGGCGGAGGCUCAUAUACUGAAUAUACUGUGUAAUACAUGGACACUAACUGUUAUAUCACCUACCUCACCAGGCCAGGCUCAUAUACUGAAUACACUGUGUAUACACCACCUCACCUGAAACGGGGGGGAGCUCAUAUACUGAAUAUACUGUGUACUGAAACAUGUGGGGGGCUCAUAUACUGUAUAUACUUUGUAAUACUGGGAUAUUAACUGUUAUAUCACCUACCUCACCUGCAACAUGCUGGGGGAGGAGGGGGUCACCAGGCCGGGCUCAUACUGUAUAUACUGUGUAAUACUGGGAUAUUACCUGUCAGCACCCACCUCACCUGAAACAUGCUGGGGGGGGUUCAUAUACUGUAUAUACUGUGUAAUACUGGGAUAGUAACUGUUAUAUCACCUGCUGAGGGACUUAAUAAUAACGACCUGAUAUCUGUGUUAUAUAAUGUGAUAAGGGCUUCAAUAAUAAUAAUAAUAGGCUGAUAUAUGUGUGUUAUGUUAUCUGUUGAGGGCUUAUAAUAAUACUUAUUAUUAUGGUGUUAGACAUGACAGAUUCACAACACAUACCUGUCAGGCUCUCUUAUUUAUAUUGUAUUUUCUGUGUGUUUAUGGUCUUUAGUGAGGAGUAAAAGUCUGAUUUAAAAAAAUUUAACCAUUCUAUCUGUCUGCAUAGGCGGUGCAGUGUGUAGAAGUAUUUUUUUAUUUUUUUUUAUUUAUUUUUUUAGUGGUAGUGGUGAUUGUUUAUACCUUUGCACCUACUGUAUAUAUCUCAUGGAAUUAGAUUUAUUUUGGUUCCAGGAACAUUUCUGAAAAGGAGAGAGCACAUGGUACCCACACGUCACCCAUAUGUCAUGCAGUGCCACCAUUGACUGUAUUUAGCAAUAGAUAGAUUUAUACAUACCUAGUGCUCAUUUGUUUAGGUCAUUUAGCACUUAAAGAUAUUUAUCAAACUGUUCAUUCAGUGUAUUAUUCUUUUUUAGGCCAGGUUGGGAAAUAUUUUCCAUGUCGGCAGUUUAGUUAUAUUGGCCUAAAAUGUUAUACAGGUAUUCCCUUUGACCUCACUUCGACUUCCUGGAAUUGAGUUAAAGCAGAAAUGUUUUGUUCCAGGAUUUGUAAUAUUAUGUUCACAUAUCCUUAUGUUUAAAGGGUUACUUCAUCCACCAUGAUCAUUUCUGCUUCUAGAAGUAAUCAUGGACAAACUAAUCUGUAUAGCGUAAGGUUGCAGCUACAGAGAAAUAUGCACUUUAGUGCAGGGGGUUAAUUAUGCCUCCAGCACACGGCACAUCAUUUUUAAUUGGGCUGCUUGAUGUUAAUUCUGUACAAAAAUCUGUCACUGGCCAUAGACCUAAUGAGCCUCUAGUCUCACUCGCAGCACUGGGAGUGUCCCUUCAAGGGGAAGAUUAUCUCCCCUCCCUGCUGUCCCCAUCUCCCUACAUUUCUUACAAUUCCUCCAUUGUGUUUUUUUUUUUUUUUUAACCCACUCCCUCCCCUCCUGGCUCAGGGCGCGUGAGAACAGUCCAGUCAAAUGCUUCUCUAUGAGAACCUUUUGAUUGGACAACAGACAGGAAAGAUAGAAACAUAGAAUGUGACAGCAGAUAAGAACCAUUCGGCCCAUCUAGUCUGCCCAAUAUUUCAAAAUACUUUUGAUUAGUCCCUGGCCUUAUCUUAAGUCUAGGAUAGCCUUGUGCCUAUCCCAUGCAUGCUUAAACUCCCUCACUGUGAUAGAAACAUAGAUGUGAUAUGUUGGAAAGGACGUGGAAACGCUUGAGCAGAGCUUCGCCUAUGGCUGGGUACGAGGUAAGUUUUUGCACUUAUAGCACUUUUUUAAGGUUAAAAAUGGAGGGUGAACGUGGUUAAUAAUGCCCACUAGGAAAGGGGUUAAACUUACCUCUUUCUCCAGUGCUGGGCGGGGAGCUUUCCUCCUCCUCUCCUCCCUCUUCUCCUCCUCUUCGGCUGAAUACGCAUGCGUGGCAAGAGCCGUGCGCGCAUUCAGUCAGUCCAUAGGAAAGCAUUCACAAUGCUUUCCUAUGGACGCUGGCGUCUUCUCACUGUGAUUUUUCACAGUGAGAAGCACACAAGCGCCUCUAGCGGCUGUCAAGAGACAGCCACUGGAGGCUGGAUUAACCCAUUUAUAAACAUAGCAGUUUCUCUGGGGGAAAAAAAAAAAGGUUAACCCUAACUGGACCUGGCACCCAGACCACUUCAUUAAAGGGACACUAUAGUCACCUGAACAACUUUAGCUUAAUGAAGCAGUUUUGGUGUAUAGAACAUGCCCCUGCCGCCUCCCUGCUCAAUCCUCUGCCAUUUAGGAGUUAAAUCCCUUUGUUUAUGAACCCUAGUCACACCUCCCUGCAUGUGACUUGCACAGCCUUCCAUAAACACUUCCUGUAAAGAGAGCCCUAUUUAGGCUUUCUUUAUUGCAAGUUCUGUUUAAUUAAGGUUUUCUUAUCCCCUGCUAUGUUAAUAGCUUGCUAGACCCUGCAAGAGCCUCCUGUAUGUGAUUAAAGUUCAAUUUAGAGAUUGAGAUACAAUUAUUUAAGGUAAAUUACAUCUGUUUGAAAGUGAAACCAGUUUUUUUUUUCAUGCAGGCUCUGUUAAUCAUAGCCAGGGGAGGUGUGGCUAGGGCUGCAUAAACAGAAACAAAGUGAUUUAACUCCUAAAUGACAGUGAAUUGAGCAGUGAAAUUGCAGGGGAAUGAUCUAUACACUAAAACUGCUUUAUUUGGCUAAAGUAAUUUAGGUGACUAUAGUGUUCCUUUAAGCUGAAGUGGUCUGGGUGCCUAUAGUGGUCCUUUAAACAAAUAUGUAUUUGAUAAAAUUUGCCUGUCAUGUUAUUACACAACUUAUUUUCUUUUUAAAAAGCAUACCAUUCUAUCAAUACUUUGUGCUAGCAAAAUUGUUAAAGGGAGAAAAACCUAUUUAAAAGUAGGUCUUUCUCCAUCCUGUCAAUCCAUUCUCCUGCAUAGUCUUGUGUGGAAGGAUUGUGGAUCAUAGAGCACAAGAGACCACCCACAGACAUUCCUGCAGCUUUCUACACAUAGCAACCACAGCACGUGCUCCAUGGUUGAAAUACUUACUCCCUAACAGACGCUACUGGCGCUGUCUAGGGAGUGUAGGAAUGGAGUGAGUUGUUGGUAAUGAAGCCAGCGAGCGUAUUGGUGUUACAAAAUGGGUUUGCAAUUCUUGAAGAAGUUUCCCCAGGCAAAGCAAGUGAAAGAAUAGAGCGAGCGCUGGUGAACCAGAGUUGGGAGUUACAGAAAUGUAAUACCACUGAGGAUAUAGUGUUACUGGAUCAGAGGUGCCUUAAUAUUUUACAUUGUAUACAUCAUAUAUCUGUGUGAAAAAUGUUGUAUUCAAUGGCUCCCUGCCAAUCAUCAUAAUGAGCUCUGUCCUUUGUACCUGGCAUUCAACACAAAUAAAGUAUAAAGAGAGGAGAAAUGAAAAAAAAAUAUAUAUAUUUUUUUUUUCUUCCUCAUUUUCAGUUUUUGCCUUGGCUUUGCCGUGUUUUGAAUAGGUUUCUGGUGUAAUUUGCUAAAACUUUAAUAUAAAUUUAAAAGAAAACAGCAGAAGUUUAACACUCGUUGUAGGGGGAUUUUCGAUGUUUUAGUCGGUGAGAUAAUUCCCAGAGAAUUGACAGUUACACCUCAAUAACCCUGUCAGUUUCAUUUUUUCCACUGUGCCCUGUUAUUGUAGCUGGUGUGAGAAAGUGGUCAAUUGGAACAGGCAGGGGAGCAGUUAGCUGGUGCCUACUGCCUUGUGACAUUCAGUUAUACAUGAUCCAUUACAGUGCUCACCAUACCCUCAGAAUGGCAGCAAUAUGGGGAAGACAUACAGUCUAUUCUACUGAAGAUGUAUUAUUUGUGCUCUGUAGUAAAACCAACGCACCAGGAGCUAAUUUCUACAUGUGGCACCAGAGAGACCAGGGUUUGUAAAAUACACACACUGGCAAUUUUUUAUAUUGUAAUGUCAUUUGUAGGGGUGUGUGUGUUUAAUAAAAUAUCACUGCAUACCUGUUUGUGCUGCUGUCACUCUAUACGCCCUGCUCUAUGGAACACAGGUCACAUGAUGUGAACACAGGGCAUUCUUCAUGUUGUAUACACCUAUUAAGAGUUCAUAGGAUGUACCUGGAGCGCGGGGAGGGGAGAGGAACACUAUUCUUGAAAACAUAAAAAAAUUCUGACUGGCAUUUAAUAUUUUAUGCAUUUACCACUUAAUAAAAGAUUUGCAAAAAAAAUGAACGUUCAGUUAAUAGUAGAUUUGUGUAGAAAUUUUCUUUUUUCAAAAUGGUAGUGUAUCGGUAAGUUAUCGGCCUGAAAGUUUACAGAUUAUCAGUAUCUUCUCUCAAAAAUCAAUAUCAGUAGAUCCCUACGCUUGCUGCCAUAAUUGCGUCACAAUGCUAUUUUGUUGAGUUUCCAAUCGGUUUCAACAAUAUCCCCAUAUUCUUCAGUAUUUACUGUAGCACCAAUGCUUUCCCGAGUGAAAUGAAGAAAUGUUUGCCCCUGGAAGGAACCAGGAAGUUGUUCAUUAUUACAACUGAAGAUUUAUCAUCUAUUUUUAGUAUCAUGCAUUCUUGGAGGAGUUUAUGGCAGUCUGGGAUUUUUGAAGGGGAACUUUCAUUUCUCUGGAAACUACAUUAUUGAAAAAACAUUAAAAUUUACCUAUGACUUUUAUUAAAACAGUGGUUUCCAACCUAGUCCGCAAGUACCCCCCAACAGUCCAGGAUUUAGGGAUUACCCAGCUGUCUAGGAUGUUUUUAGAAAGAAAGGGGAAAAAAAAACACUUUAGACACAACAAGGUAAUCCCUAAACGCCUGGACUGUUAGGGGCUACUUGAGGACUGGGUUGGGAACCCCUGUGUUAAAAGAUUACUCGAAGCAUCAGAAGGGGAGGGCUUCCAAAAGCCUGCAGAUAAGAGAUGUGAAGUGUUUGGAAGCUGUUUUUAGAUCUACCCCAAAUAGGGGGAAAAUGCACCAUUAAAUGCAUGUAUGUUUUUUGUUAUAUCUACUAAACAGUAUUUUUGGGGGCAGUGGAGUGUCGCUUUAAGUAUUAGAUACACUCUUAAUAUUCAAACAAAACAUUUUAAAUGUUAUAGCAUUGCUUAAUAGGUUUAAAUCCAGGGCUCCUUUUUUAAUAAAAAAAAACCUACCUUUAUUUCAACGCUGAGACAGUCUUCUGUUGGCAGCCUCUCCGCCUCCUCUUCUGAGAUCAUAAUCCUUCUUCAUGAUCUUGAUCAAGUCCAAUGCUGCUGUUUUAAAUACGCUUUGAGGACCUAUCUUCAGCACGUGUGGCAGUCUUCUCAUAGAGAAACAUUGAAUCUAUUGCUUCUAUACGAGAAGCAUUGAACAUUUUCGGUGAUGCCAAACAUGAAGUUUUUUGUGACUGUGUACAUUUCCCAACUCCAGGUUGGGAAGGUUAACUGAGCAGCAAAAGGUGUAAGUUUUACUGGACAGCCACCUCAUACAUGUUCUCUUAAAGGGAUCCUAUAGUGCCAGGAAAACAGGGUGCCAGGGAAAAUUUUCAAAAUGUUUGGAUGUAGAGACACAGAUGGCUGCUACCUUCUCCUUUGUUCCCUGCAGGGCAUUAACUUGUUCACAUGAAACCUGCAUUUAAUCUUUUUAUCUGAACACUGUACCACCACAUAGGUGGUGUCAAACUUUUGUUCCACAACCCGGAAAGACCCCGCUAGGUGGCCUGCAGUGUAUCUUGCAGGGCUUGUUUCAAUAUGAGGACGUUUUUUCCAACCUGGAAACUGCGGUCUGUCAUGCUGGAGACCUGGUUCUCCCGCACUGCCUGGGUUAUCUCCUCCAUGCGAUCUUGGACCUCCAGCAUAUAUGGCAACAUAGGAUUCCCAUCUCCGCUAAUCUCCCCUUCCCAGUGUUUUUUUUUUUUGGUAUUAAUUUUAGGGGUCCCUUCACCAGCUGCCUGAAUAGCAGUUCAAGCAGGAUUCCUUCGUCACCUUCCUGAUAAGUGAACAUGGUAUGCGUCAGGAAUUUCUCCUAGUUCAAGCAAAUGGUUGUGAAUCUCCUAAGCAUUCAUUUGAACUGCUCGCAGAGGCUGUAGUGCUUGGGGAGAUAGGAAGAGCGCUGAAUAGACUUAAUACCACAGAGACUCCAGCAUUUGUUAGUGACCUCGGAAGUGAACCCUCACCCAGGAGAAGAUGGCACUGCGUCAGGGCAUCAGCCACUGUCAUUGCAUGGAUAUUGAUAAGCGUGACUGCCUCUUUUUAACUUGUAUCAUAGUCCAGGGCAAAAGUAUUUUGUCAGAGGGACUGGGCAAGGCUAGGGGCACUGUCAAAUCUACGACCAUUCAGCUGAAUGGCACCUUCACGAUUGGCAGAGAGUGCAGUUUAGUCUUGUGGCAAUUCUUCCCCCUCUUCCACACUGGCUGACGUGUCACAGGUCUGACAAUAAUAUCAUGGGCUAUUAUCAGUUGUUCUGACUGAUACUUCUGGGCAACCACUAGCUGCUUGGUCGGGGUCAGUACUGACUCUGGCUUAACUUAGACACCCAAAAUAACAAGCCUUUGUUCCACAAAAAUCUCUCUCCCUUUUAUCGCCACUGACUGGUCUCAGCUUUGGCACUCUAUACCUGUAGGGACGGGUAUUCUCCAGCUUCUCUCCCAAACACUGUUUGGGUAUCCCAAGAAAGAUAUCUACAGUUAUAGUCAGGGAGGGGGCAUGAUGUCCUUCCUGUGCCUCGUUGGAGGUUGAACCGGCUCCCAAGCUUGUCAUCUGGUGGUUGUCGCAUGAUUCCUCUUCUGGCGAGCUGGAGAAAGCCAGUUAGCUAGAUAAAGUAAUUUCUUUACAAAUGUCCGGGUGUAGCCGUGCAAGGAACUGGUCUCUCCACAUAUCCUUGCGCGUGUGUCAGAUUUGCUGACAGCUGUGAUAUUGAAUGGACCAUUUUGUAGAGCUUGCCUUGGGGUGGCAGGAAUUAUGUGGGAAUCAUUUUAUCUGUGCUUUAUUUUUUUUUUUACGCUUUUUAUAUUGUUCUCGUGAAGUAUGCCAGAAAAUGUGAGCCGUUUUCUGCUCCUUAAAGGGACAUUAUAGGCACCCAGGCCACUUAAUCUCAUCGAAGUCCUCCUUAGUCCUGCAAUGUAAAAUUUUGCAGUUUUAGAGAACAUGUUAACAUUGCAGGCUUAAGACUGCCUCUAGAUGCUGACAGCCACAAAACGCGCUUCCUGGAAUUUUAUGGAAGCAUUGAGGCAAUGCUUUCCUAUGGUGGUGGCCUGCAUGCACUUCCGGUCCCCCCCCUCCAAUCGUCUGAGGAGGCAGAGCACGACGUCUGUGCUGGAAUCCGCCAAGUGAAUAGAGGUAAUUUUAAUCAUUUACAUAGCAGUGGGAUGCAGAGGAACAUGUUAGUGUAAGGAAUACCUUUCUGUAUUCCUAACACUAAAGUGUUGCAUUUACGUUUCUGUGGACACCUGUGUGAAUUCCCAUUAGCAUUUUCACUGAAUUUCUGGUGUUGAUGAAAAAUGUUUAUAGUGUUUUUUUGUUUUGUUUUUAUUUUAAAUUUUAUCUGCUCCCCUCACCCUAAUGCUAGGUUAGUUUCCAUUAAAAUUUAACAGGAAAUUAAACUUCUGAAAUACAAGAUUUGAGCAGCAGUGUGUCAACGCUUAAUAGACCUUUUAAUUAAUGUUAAACAUGAAAACUUUUUCCGUGACGAUUUGCUUUUCACCAUCCCUGCUUAUGCUGUCUUCCAGAAUGAGUAAAGUAUGUCUGUUGCUGGCAUGUGUGUACAUGAGAAAGGCCCAUCCUUUGUCUACAACAGGAGUGCCACAGUCAAGCAGGCUCUGGCCCUUCAGGAGUCCCAGUGGGACUUUAGAUAUCUGCUAAUGAAACCCAAGUGGUGAUUGCGGAUGGUGACACACAAUCCUCACAUUUUUGCGUUGCAGACUUAUCUCCCCGCACUUGAGAAUGGAAAUCUGCAAUGGAGAAGAGCAGGCUGCAGCACCUAUCGCAGCUCCUUACCUUGACAUGUACCUGGCCAGCCCAGUCCCCACUGGACCCCAUGGAAGAAACACACAUUGCUAGAUAUACACCACUGACAAUUCACAUAUACGCACACAACCCCACAAGCAGCCUCCCAUACAAAACCAUAAGAUCUUGUUAUAGCACAGUACUACUAAAUGGUUGCCUAUCCCUGGUCUACAGUCUGAGUGAAAGGAACACUAUUUAAUGAACAUUCCAAACCAACUAAUAGUCUGAGUUAUGGGUGUAUUAUGUAUCCAGCAUCGAUUUCUCACAUUACACAGACAUUUCAGGGAUAAGUAUUAAAGGACCACUCUAGGCACCCAGACCACUUCAGCUUAAUGAAGUGGUCUGGGUGCCAGGUCCUUCUAGGGUUAACCCAUUUUUUCAUAAACAUAGCAGUUUCAGAGAAACUGCUAUGUUUAUCAAUGGGUUAAGCCUUCCCCUAUUUCCUCUAGUGGCUGUCUCAUUGACAGCCACUAGAGGCGCUUGCGUGCUUCUCACUGUGAUUUUCACAGUGAGAGCACGCCAGUGUCCAUAGGAAAGCAGGAAUGCUUUCCUAUGUGACCGCUGAAUGCGGCCAAGGGGAUCGGAGGAGGAGAGCUCCCCACCCAGCGCUGGAAAAAGGUAAGUUUAAACCCCUUUCCCCCUUCCUGAGCCGGGCGGGAGGGGGACCCUGAGGGUGGGGGCACCCUCAGGGCACUAUAGUGCCAGGAAAACGAGUGUUUUCCUGGCACUAUAGUGGUCCUUUAAUAAUGUGGACUACUACAUUUUCCAGUGUCAUUAUGUAAUUGUUUGUAUACCUCAAACAAGUACCUGUGUUUGGCUUUUUGUUUUUCUCCUAUCUGUGAAACAAACUGGAAGCUGUUUAAAUCUCAACAUCUCAUUCCUUGCACUAAUCACAUUAUGCAGUUUUAAAAUGAAUAACUAAAAAUUUAGACGCUGUGGUUUUUAAAAAUAUAGUUGCACCCCACACUUGUCAAUUCUUUCCUGUAGGAUGUCAUACUCCCUAAUCAUAUUGUUUUCUACUCUUCUGCAUACUGUGUUUAAUGUGCUAUUGCUCCUAAGCUAGUUGUGUUUUGUUGUUGCUUGUUUUCCCAGUUUUGUGUUCAACUCUAAAUUUACCACCUAUAAUAUUGGUGUCAUUCUCCUACCGUAGCAAGAGUAUAUAAUUAUAUAUCUUGGAGUUUGUGUUAAUAGCUUCUGGAGCUUGCUUGUGUGUGAGAUGCAUAAUUUUGAAAUCCUUUUGUCUUCAUUUUGGAAAGAUUGUACAGUAAAUGGGUAUUUUUCUAAAGAUUUGCUAGAAAUAGCCACCCUUAGUUUUGUUCAUAAAAAACAUUUAUGAAAAAUUACUUCAACAUUGAAACAGUGUUUGACAAAGACAUGGAGUAGUAUUAAAGGAAUACUCCAGGCACCAUAAUAACAUGUCAUAGUGCCUGGAGGUCCUGGGUGCUGUCUUGCCAUAUGGUUUUAAAUAAUUCUUAGGAUAGUUUAACUUCAGAGUCCUUUUCUACAUUGCUUGGCCCAAUGUGAAGUCUUUGCCUUGGGUGCUAACGAUAGGUUGACCGCAUCGGAUGAUGCUCUCAGCUUAUCUAUGGCCGCCAAUUGAGAGGAAUGAUUUAGAAAGGUACAAAGUGGCCGAGCGGACCGGCACUUUUGAGAGCUCUGAGGCUAAACCAUAAAAAAAAAAAAAGUUUACGCUCAUAAGGUAAGUUGGCGCCCAGGACGUCCAGUCGCUAUUAUUAAGCCAUUGACAUAAAGUGUCCUUUUCAAAAUCGAGCUAGUCAUUUUUUUUUUCUUUGUGAAAAUAAGAACCUGUAUAACACUGUAUGUAUUUUGUAAUGCGUGCGCAGAAGUACUUCUUUUCAUUGUAUCCUUUGGUUUACCGUCUUUCUGUGGGACUUGCCCAUCUUCAAGUUGUCACACCAUUUACCUGACCAAAGACUGUGUAAUUUUAUCUUGCAAUGGUAAUGCCGAUGACUAGUUUUGUAUGGCAGUGAUAAGCUUGUUUUUGUUUCUUCUGCAUAUUUCACUCUAAAUCGAAAAACACUUUAGUAGUCAUUACCUAUGUGGGAUCUCAAUUUUGUAUUUAUUUAUUUAUUUAUUAUUUUUUGGUGUAAUUUUUCUUCCCUUGCAGCAGAAAUACUUUUGGAAGCUUUAUUGGGAUGAGGUGUGCAACUGAGAAAAAAUCUAAAACACACUUUGCUACAUUAUUGGUCAUUUGGCUCAUAUUUGGGCAUUUUUCAUUUUCAGUGGGGUAUAAGACUUUGCCAGUUAACUUUCAUUCCAUAAAAAUAAAAAAAAUAAAAUCAAAGCCUAUUUUAAAAUAUAUGAUGUUUAUAAGAAUGUGUCUUUACCCCAAAGUUCAUCUUAACCCAUGCUGUGUUCAACUGCCAACUCUGUAUCAAUCAGAAUUGUGUACUGUUUAAAAAAAAUAAACUAAAAAAAAAUUAUAUUGCUUCUGCUCAUCUAGAUAACAAAUUGUAGCUGCUUUAAAGGCCAUAUGGUUUAUAUAAUCAGCCCACACAUUGCAGUCUUUAUAAACCACAUGAUUUUGUGUAUAGUCAAAGACCAGGUUGCUAGAGUAAGAAAUGGUGUUCUCUACAGAGUUGAAGAGAAUCUAUUGUCUUACAGUUACGUAGUAUUUCUGUUGAAAACCUUGUGUAUUCUAAUGUAUAGUUGUUUCAUAUUGAUACUUGAUUGUAAUAUACUUUGUAAAACUUGCUGUUAUCUUCAAAGUCCUCAAUACUCUGUUUGUUUUCUUCAACUUUAAAUAGUGUUUUAAUUUUAAUAGCUGGCAGUAUAACAACAUAUUUUGUCAGAAAACUAAAUGUAAUAAAAUGUAUGUCAGUUGGCUUCCGCGAGCUGUUGGGUUGCACAUAAGAUCCCCAACUUGUCAAUCUUCACUGUUUUCUCUUAAGUUACAUUCUUAUAUAAAGUAUAUCUAUUUUAAAGUGUCUGUCUGAAUUCCCAAUGUGCUCAGUCCAAGGGCAAGUAAGUGAUUAUACAUUUAACUUACUCAUGAACUGAAUCUGCUUGAAAGUAAGCGUGUGUGUUUUAAGGUACAUAUCUAAUGUCUCUCUGAAUGUAAGUGGAUGCAGCUGACAACUACGGACUUUAAGAUGUGUUCUUCGUUUCACAAUACCCAGCAUGCCAUUUAUAGCAUGGAAUUGUGGGUGCCACAAACCGUAUCAGAGUGUGAGCAAAUGUGCUGACCAACUGUAGCAGUGUUAUUUGUUAAAGACUGGACAACACAGUCAACUAAUAAAUCAACAGGCAAGGAAGAAUCUGAGUGCCUGCCUUAGCAAAGUUAUGUGGAAAGGACAGAAUAUAAUCUACUUGCAUUGUCAGAAUUUGACAUAGAACGGUCAGACAAUCUUGGUUGUUCCAAAUCGAGGUAGACUUAUGACUAGUGAGCAACCAUGUUGUCCAAAGGAAAAACAUACAACAUCAGAAGUAUAUAGUUUCAGCAGGUUCCCGUCUCUCUGCAAUACGCAUCUUUAAGAUUUAUUACUUGCUGUUUUAGUUCCUUGAAAGUUUUUUUCGGACAUAUGUGUGUGCCCCCAGACUUUCUAACAGUCUGAAUGCUACAAAGCUCAUUCUAAAAUCCAAGCUUCUUGACAAGCAUGUUGUCGGUCUUCUCUUCCAAUCCAAGAUCCUAGUAGGUUUGUUGUCUGGAGUGUUACCUAUGCUGUUUGACCCAUAUCAUCUUCAGUGACCAUCAUGCUUUAAUUCUUUUGAGACUGCUCUAAGUUUUCUAUGGUUUUUCAUUCUAUUAGCUCAUACUAAUAUUCUUUAAAACCAUACUUCACCUCAGACCACACUGUAGAAUGACAUUUCCUCCUUGAUAUUUUACUGGGAUUCUAUGUUUUCUCUGAAUGCUUUGUCUUCGUUUGAUAUUAAAGGACCACUAUGGUGCCAGGAAAACAUACUCGUUUUCCUGGCACUAUAGUGCCCUGAGGGUGCCCCCACCCUCAGGGACCCCCUCCCGCCUGGCUCUGGAAGGGGGAAAGGGGUAAGAACUUACCUUUUUCCAGCGCUGGGCGGAGAGCUCUCUGCCUCCUCUCCUCCUCCGUUAAGCCCGCUGACUGAAUAACGCCACUUGUAGCGGCAAGGCUACUGCGCGGCGCAUUCAGCGGUCUCAGAAAGCGUUACAAUGCUUUCCUAUGGGCUGCCAGCGUGCUCUCACUGUGAAAAUGCAGGCGAGCGCAUAGCGCCUCUAGUGGCCGUCAAUGAGACAGCCACUAGAGGAUUAGGGGGAAGGCUUAACCCAUUAAUAAACAUAGCAGUUUCUCUGAAACUGCUAUGUUUAUAAAAAAAUGGGUUAACCCUAGAAGGACCAGGCACCCAGACCACUUCAUUAAGCUGAAGUGGUCUGGGUGCCUAGAGUGGUCCUUUUAAGGUAUCAGGAUUUCUAUUGAGUUAUGAGCUUGAACUCCGUAUGUGUUGAUCCCAUCCUCCAGGAAAGAUGUUCAUCUGCACUAUCUAAAUGUCAAGCAAGCCCUUUCCAAAUACCUCUAAUUGACCCUUUAUGCAAACUGACCAUCUAUUUGUCCUCUUCAAGCAUUUCUACAAGGAUAGGUAAGCAGCAUAGCAGACAAUGUAAAUAUGUUCCUUAAAUGAACAGGGUUCAUUACCAGUCUAUAGGGUGAGGAGCACAAACCUGUAUAGUGUUAAAAACACAUUUUAUCCCAACAGCUUCCCAUUGCCCCCUUUUAAAAUAAAAUGAAACCUACCUUUAUUCAACUGCUGUGUGGGCUCCGCCGCUUUGGCUGAGAUACUCCAAAACUGACGGUCUCUGCCAAUCCAGGGAGGCUAAUGCGCACACAUGGCAAAAUGCAGCGUUGGCCAAUCAGCAUCUCCUCAGAGAUGUAUUGAAUCGGGGCAUCUCUAUGGGGAGCCAUAGCCCAGGAAGCAUGAGUGACUGCCACUAGAGCUGUCCCUAGGUACACCUAGGCACAUAAAGCAUUCCAGAAAGCUAAAAGGCUUCAUCUGUUUGGAAUAUUCUUUUAAAAAGACUUUGUUACUUUUUGAGAUCUUUGUGACAUAUUUGCUUGUAUGGUGGUGCUUGAAUGAGGGGAGAUGGCAAGGAGUAAAUACUGAAAUUCUUACUUGGUAUUCUCCUGACUCCUGUGACUAUGUUCGACCUGUGGCAGUUACAUGUUCAGCAGACUGUGUCAAUCAUGUAUUGCCCCACAUCUGCAGGAGUAAACAAACCUUAUGGAAGAUCUUUUGCGGCUGCGGGGUGUUUCAUAGAUCUUCUCACGCAUGUGCAGCGCAUCUUCAGAACAGAUGCAUGCUUCCAUCAACUAUUCAGAGUGAUGGCUGGUGGGAAAUGGUAGGAUGUGGAGCCCGGAGCUUUACCUGGUUAUUCCCAGUUUUAUCUCAUGUUUAUAUGUAUAGAAAGUCCAACACAGUCAAUAAGUGUUUCAUAAAGAUUCUAUCUUUAUGAAAAACAAACAACUCCAAGAGCAGCUUUAAAGUUUACUCAAGGGAUAUGUUUAUAUUAUGUAAAGACAUUACAACUUUUACCUGGCCUGACUUCUAUUCUGCAAAUGCAACUGUUGACGUUUAAGGGACACUAUAGUCACCCAGACCACUUCAGCUCAAUGAAGUGGUCUGGGUGCCAGGUCCCUCAGGUUUUAACCAUUCAGAUGUAAACAUAGUUUCAGAGAAACUGCUAUGUUUACAUAGCAGGGCUAAGCAAACCUCUAGUGGCUGUCUUCCUGACUGCCGCUAGAAUCGCAUCUUCAACGUUGGAUGCAAAAUUUGUGUGUAGAACGUCCAUAGGAAAGCAUUGAGGAAUGCUUUCCUAUGGACUGUUUGAAUGCGCGCGCAUUCUGCUCCACUAGGGAGGUGGUGGGGGAGCCCGGUGCUGGAUUAAGGUAAGUAGCUGAAGAGGUUUUAACCCCUUCAGUGCCAAGGGAGGUGGACUUAGGGCACUAUAGUGUCAGGAAAACCGCUUUGUUUUACUGACACUAUAGCGAUCCUUUAAGUUUACCGAUUUUACAGUAGUUACAAACAAAUCAUUGUUUGCAUUUUCUGUGCUGUGGCCUAGAAAAUGUCAGCUGUUUUUCUUGUCUUUGGUUAGUUUACACUGCUCAAAAAAAUAAAGGGAACACAAAAAUAACACACCCUAAAUCUGAAUGAAUUAAAUAUUCUUCUGAAAUACUUUGUUCUUUACAUAGUUGAAUGUGCUGACGACAAAAUCACACAAAAAUUUGGAGUCACACUCAAAAUUAAAGUGGGGAAAAAACACCACUACAGGCUGAUCCAACUUUGAUGUAAUGUCCUUAAAACAAGUCAAAAUGAGGCUCAGUAGUGUGUGUGGCCUCCACGUGCCUGUACGACUUCCCUACCAUGCCUGUGCAUGCUCCUGAUGAGGUGGUGGAUGGUCUCCUGAGGGAUCUCCUCCCAGACCUGGACUAAAGCAUCUGCCAACUCCUGGACAGUCUGUGGUGCAACGUGACGUUGGUGGAUGUAGCGAGACAUGAUGUCCCAGAUGUGCUCAAUUGGAUUCAGGUUUGGGGAACGGGCAGGCCAGUCCAUAGCAUCAAUCAAAGAAAAUAGGGCACGCCUUUAAUAUAUAAAAGUAUUAAAAAUAAAUAUAAAUAUAUGUAUGUUAAAAUAAAUAAAGUGAAAAAGAAAGUCCAAAUUAUAUAAAAUAUAGAUACAUUAAGCGAGGUAAAAAAGUCCAAAUAUAUAGCCCAUAAGUGGGUGAAGAAUAUUCUUUGUAGUGUAGGCUGGUCUUUUUCCAAGAGAUGAGUUGUAUUUCUCAAUCGGUCAUAUGUGGAGAAAGUAGAGAAACGACCAAUGGUACAGUAUAUUGAUAUUAAUGGAAAUAUAUGUAAAUAAGUUGAAAUUACUCCCAAUUUCCAGAGCUAAAAUCCAGCUCUGGUAUGAAGUGCGUGGAGUAGAAUGAUCCCCAUUCUGGGAUGUAUGGAGUGGUGACUUGCAAGAUAAAUGGUCCACCGAAGAUUCCAACCGCCAAUUAAAACAAAUAAGAAGAAUAUAGUGCUCUCUGUAUGAUAAAAAUUUAAAAGAAGGUAUGAAAUGUACUUACAAAGUAUUGAGCAUUCUUAUCUGCUCAAUUUUUAGCGCAUGGGUGGUAAAAUCCCCACCUAAGGAUUUUCCGUAAUUACGUAUCGGCUCAGGUUAAUCAAGUUUGGAAUAAAAAUUAGAAAUAAGAUAAGGAAUGUGGCAGAAAGAAGUUUGAGGCCAAAAUUCCUUUAUUAUAACAAUAUAAAAAUAUUAAAACAAUUUCUAAACGCGUUUCGCCCACAACAGGCUUCUUCCAGUAGAAUAAUAGUAAAGCAUCAAUGCCUGCUGGAAAUGCUGACCCACUCCAGCCACAUGAGGUCUAGCGUUGUCUUGCAUUAGGAGGAACCCAGGGCCAAUCGCACCAGCAUAUGGUCUCACAAGGGGUCUGAGGAUCUCAUCUCGGUACCUUAUGGCAGUCAGGCUACCUCUGGCGAGCACCUGGAGGGCUGUGCGGCUCCCUCAAGAAAUGCCACCCCACACCAUUACUGACCCACUGCCAAACCGGUCAUGCUGGAGGAUGUUGCAGGCACGUGCUCCGUGUGAACCUGCUUUCAUCUAUGAAGAGCACAGGGUGCCAGUGGCGAAUUUGCCAAACGUCCUGCAUGGUGUUGGGCUGUAAGCACAACCCCCACCUGUGGGCGAUGGGCCCUUAUAUCACCCUCAUGGAGUCUGUUUCUGACCCUUUGAGCAGACACAUGCACAUUUGUGGCCUGCUGGAGGUCAUUUUGCAGGGCUCUCGCAGUGCUUCUCCUGUUCCUCCUUGCACAAAGGCAGAGGUAGCGGCCCUCCUACGGCCUCCUCCACGUCUCCUGAUGUACUGGCCUGUUUCCUGGUAGUGCUUACAUUCUCUGAACACUAUGCUGACAGACACAGCAAACCACCUUGCCACAGCUCGCAUUGAUGGGCCAUCCUGGAUGAGCUGCACUACCUGAGCCACUUGUGUGGCUUGUAGACUCCGUCUCAUGCUACCACUAGAGUGAAAGCACCGCCAGCAUUCAAAAGUGACCAAAACAUCAGCCAGGAAGCAUAGGAACUGAGAAGUGGUCUGUGGUCACCACCUGCAGAACCACUCCUUUAUUGGGGGUGUCUUGCUAAUUGCCUAUAAUUUCCACCUGUUGUCUAUCCCAUUUGCACAACAGCAUGUGAAAUUGAUUGUCACUCAGUGUUGCUUCCUAAGUGGACAGUUUGAUUUCACAGAAGUGUGAUUGACUUGGAGUUACAUUGUGUUGUUUACAUGUUCCCUUUAUUUUUUUGAGCAGUGUAUUUGCAUUUUCCAUCCAGUAUAUAACAGAAAAAUUCUGUUUUGGGGCAGAAAAUGUCUUGAAGAUCCAAGUGUGUGUGUGAUGUAAAUACAAUUUUCAGAUAAAAAUGGUAAACUGCUAGUCUGGUUACAGGGGAAAAUGUGUGUAUGUAUAAUUAUGUGAUAGGCAAAUAGUAAAAUUUAGGCUCUUGAUAAGUCCGUUGUGAACAGAAAAGUGGCCUAUUUUGUUAAUUACAACCGCUGAAAAAUAAAGGUAGCAGUGCAAGCAAUUUGAAAUAAGUCCAGUGAGUAUGCUCUUAUUUCCUAUAUUUAUAUGUGAUCGGCAAAUAGUGAUUUUAGAGAAAAGGCUUUUGCCUAGGAAAUGGUUAUUUUGACCAUAAAUAAAAAAACAAAAUGCGGCACGUAAGGUAGUCAUCUCUAUUUUGAACAUUUUUGAAAAAUCUAACUCUGUAAAAAUUUUUAUUUUUUAUUUUUUUUAAAGCCUUAUUUCUAUUAUGCUAAGCAGGACAUGUAUGGGGCUUGGUUAUUGCAAUUUACUAAUUUAAGUGUAACUACCCUGAAGAAAUGGAGAGUUAAUUAAUUCUCAGUCUGUUGCCGAGCUGUGUUUUCUAUAUUUUUGAUACACUUUGAGUUGUACCUGAAGUGAAGUGGACUUUAUUAUCCGCACACAACUUUGAAGUCACAAACACUCUCCCACACACACAGCGUGUGGGGGAGAGAUUUGCUGGCAAUUACAACUGUGUAUUAGAAGCUUGGUCAAUGGCAGUAUUAUUUGCUUUAUAAAUCCAUAAUGGAAGAAGGUGUUAAUCCUUGCUGCACUACACGCAAUGCAUUGUUAAUAAUUGUCACUGUAAAUAGGUUCUUCCCUCUCUAGAGUUGUGCUGCAAAAUGUUUAUUCGGUGGCGGGGGGCUCCUCAACCUCAGUUAUUGUCCAAGAGUGAGCCUAUGUAAUCCUCUUUCCCCUAACAGUUUGAAAUGGCCUACUAAGCACUAUAACCGUUCUAACUCAUACUGUAAACAGUGCAAAACCAUUUGACAGAAACCAUAGUAUGUUACAAAGCUGAAAAGAGACUUGCGUCCAUCAAGUUCAGCCAAACUCGGUUUGACAAAUACCAAGGCAAUAACCCUCCCACGGUUCUUGCAGCCCAUCAUUGGUGUCCAAGGUUGAGCGGCUUUGGACGACGAAUGUAACCGUUAUACUUUCACAUUAUUUGACUGCAGAGGGGUGAAGUGAAGUGUGAGUGCCAAAAGAGCACUGUUUUCUCCCUCCAGAUUAGAGGAAAUGCACAACAAAGAUAUAUCACCAUGUUGUGACAGUAAAGGGCAGGCAGCACACUAUAACUUUUAAAGUUAAGCUACUCCUAAGACUCCUCUCCACAAGGUUUAAAACUUCCAAACCAACCAACUAAGAAAUCUUAUUUCUCUGUCUGCCUUUGGCAGGAUCGGUAGGCAUUAUUUUUUUAUAUUCAUUUGGGUUGAGGUAAGGUGGCUGAGUCCGUAAAGGGCUCUGUUUUUCGACUCUCUUACAGGUUUGCUCACUUUUCAUCCGUUCCAGUGCUGGUCCCUGGGUGUUACUCUUAAUGCAACACACACCUCCUGGAUGUUCUCAGCUCCGCCACUGUUCAUUUUUGAUUUGCCCUUCUUUGGACGCAUCCCCAGGCGGAGCAAAUAUCUUCAGUGACUAGUGGCUUUAAUGCCAGCAUACCGGUGGUGGAACGGAGUGAUGUCAUGUCACCAAGUUCCUAUAAUCGCUGGCUAGGGAGUUUCCAUAUCAACUGCAGCACAUGGCUGUGGUUGCUAUGGGUGGAGAGCAGAAGGACAUCCUGUGUGAGAUAUUUUCUGCUCUCUAGUCCGCCAAUUCCUCUGCACACUGAGGCAUUGAUUGACAGCGGGGAGAAAAACUUAAUUUUUUUUUUCUCCUAAUAUACAUUUGCUAGCAUUACUGCUAGUACAAUGUAUAUAAAAAAAACCUUAUGCUCAAUCUAAUAAGCAAAUGUUUGUGGUUUGACAAUUGCCUUGUGAAGUGUAAGUUCACUUGCCAACUUCAAGGCAAACCUUGUAGAUAAGUUCUACACUAACAAUUCACCUUGCUGCUUUCAGCUGUAAUAGGUGUAGGUGGCAGCCAUGUUACAUGGCUGUGCAAUAGACACAAAAAAAAUAAGCUCUACUGUCAAACUCCCACUAUUCUUGGGCAGCGGGUGAGCUUUCACUUUAAUGGCAAUUGCAUUUAUGUAACGGUGCGUAAGGAUUUGGGUUAGUGUGCAGUUAACUUUUUGUUUUGGUUUUCUUUUCUGUAUUUGGGCUAAUGGAUACUUGAAAUGUUGCUGCUGCCCACAAGUAUUGGGAGUUUGAGCAUUGGACUGUGUAUUUUAAAAUUCUGUUGGCAAGUGAUAAUAUAAACUUGGACUGAAUGAUGAGGCAACAAGGGACAACAUGUCAUUGGUGAUGUACUCAAGCCAGUUGUACAAGCAAACCUGGGCUCAAGGGCAGUUUGUUUGAGAUUAAGAUAAGAGAAGGAUUUGGCCUUUAAUUUUCCAUAAGCUUCUGUACUCUUAUAUUAAGAACAUUGUUUUGCAUUUCUACUGAGUUUUUAGUGCAACACCUGUAAUAUUUGCAAAUACUUACACAUUAGAAUCCAAUGUGCUUACUCUUCAGAUCUGAUAGUGCUCCAGCCGACCAGGACAAUUUAAAGUAUUCUGCUUCCCGAGACAGAGGCAAUUCUGCCUCCUAUGGAUCGCACACUCAAAGUUCAACCGGAGUUCCACGACAAAAGCACGAUGAUAUCAGGGUUCAGACUGACAUUCAUAAUGAAGAGGAAGGUAUGCAAAGUCUAUUCGUAAAUACAGGCUGUCUGUAUUUCUCUGCAUAUUGUCGGUUCAUUUUCAUGGGUUUUUCUGAGCUGACUGAACUGGAAUCCAUUCAGUUUGUAGAAUGUUUUAUGGGUUGUUAGUUUUGUGGUAUGGCUGUACACAUACAUUUCAGAUUAACCAUUUGUAAGGUACCAAUGGAUACAACACUGGACAGAAAAGUUAAGUAGCAAGCAGCCUGACAUUUUCUGCAAGACUAGAUGACCCUUAGGCCCCCCCAGUGAAUUUAUUUGGUAUGUCAGAUGGAUCAAUAAAGUGAACUCCAAAGCAUUCCCUAUGGCAGACAGAUUAUCUGCUCUUUGUUUCUUUUCUCCUACUUGCUAAUAGAAAAAUAUAGAGGAAAAUAAAUAAUUUAAUGUUGUACUUUAAAUAAAUCCAGGAAUGCUUACAUUGUUGCCCAAUAAUAUUAAUAUGUAGUGCAACUAAACAUGUACAAAAUUCCCAUUAUCUCAUGCUUUUGCACUGGUAACAUGGCUGUGCAUGCUGACAUUCAAUGCCAAUUUUGCACAGAAUUGACGUUCGCCAGUCUGGAACUUUGUUCUUACGCUUGUGGAGUUGCACUUCCAACAGCUAAGGGAUUAAAGUACAGAUUUGAAAGUGUAAUGCAGCUCAAACAGACUGCAUGGUCCAUGACCACUUCAAAUCAAUGACGUGGUCAUAGUGCUUGGAGUAAUGCAUUAAAGGACCACUAUACUGCCAGGAAAACAUACUCGUUUUCCUGGCACUAUAGUGCCCUGAGGGUGCCCCCACCCUCAGGGUCCCCCUCCCGCCGGGCUGGAUGGAGAGGAAGGGGUUAAAAUUACCUCUUUCUCCAGCGCCGGGCGGGGAGCUCUCCUUCUCCUCCUCUUCUGAAACUGCUAUGUUUAUAGAAAAAAGGGUUAACCCUAGAUGGACCAGGCACCCAGACCACCUCAUUAAGCUGAAGUGGUCUGGGUGCCUAUAGUGGUCCUUUAAGCACAAUGUUUACAGUGAAAACCACUGCUGCCUUUAAGGGAACCAAUUAUUAAACUCGGUUAUAGUCCAGCCUUCUCUUUCAUCAUACAUGAUGCAUUAGAAAAUGGUGCACAGCAGUAUUAAGCCAGAUUUAGCCCACAUCAUCUAGAUUCUGGAACCAUACGGACUGUUUGCUCAGAGUUGAUAUAGCCUGUAUCUUUUACUAAAAGAUAACGGCCUAUUUUACAUACGUAUUUUGUGUUUGACCAGGUAUGAUACUUUUAACAAUGUAUUUUUUUUUUUUUUUUUUUAUCUAGAUAGCUACAAUGUCAAUGGAGGAUCUGGAGAAAAUGCUUUUGGUCGGAAGUCGCUGGGGCAAGAGCUGAGGGUUAACAAUGUGAGCCCUGAUUUCACCACUGUCCAGCAUGGAAACCGUGCUUUAGCAUCUAAAGAAAUGAGGAAAUCCCAGGGUAAGUUGGGACACAAUAUAAGACCAAAAGUGCUCAUAUUUACUGAGGGGGAAAAAAACAAAAAACAUACAGCUCCAUGCUUUUGUGUUUUUGAAAGAGAUACAACUGCAAAAUGUGUUUAUGGAAUACAGCAGUUUGCUAUGCACUCUAAUUUCCAGAAUCUAGUCUGCAAUUACACUGGCUCUAAUGGGUAAUCCAUGAUUUUAAAAAUGUCCUUAGGCAGUUAACCGCCUGAUUGUUAACAUGCAGAGGCAAAACAUUUUUCUUUAGAGUUGGCUGUUUUGGCAAAUCUGAAAUUUGACUAGCUGUGGUCACCUGUGUCAGAAGUGAAAACUAUGUCAGGACUUUUUUUUAGUUGAUUGUGCCUGGAUGACAUGUGGUUUGAGAAAUUUGACCUCAUGCUGAGAAUGUUUUCCUGCCUGAUUAGUGGAUCUCCUCUGACUGGCCCAAAUGGGCUUCAAUGGACGCUCUGCAUGACAGACCUCUUCAGGGCUUCUUUGUGCUUAUCUGUGGAAUCCUGACAAUGAAUAUAUUGCCUGCCUCUGUAACUUUUGGCACUGGCUUUUAGAGUCUACGGACUAAGCCUUAUAUUGUGUGUUAAUGUAAUAAAGGUUCUUGUGGAAACACAAACUAUUAUAUUUUGAACUACUGUUCUGCAAUAAAUGUCAGAAAAGGUGCCUGUAUCUGUUUACUGCUAUAAUCCCAGGUGUGGAACAAGUUUCACACUGUGCAAUGUUUCAAUAAAGCAUUUUUCAGCAAUCAUUUUAAUACAGACUGAAGGCUGCUUUAAGCCAGUCUCCCUUUUAAAUGUAUGCAUUUGUUGGCACAUUUGACUUUUGCGCAAAAGACAACUUCUGUGAUUAGUGCAGUAAAUUAUUCUUUAAUACAAGCUUCACUCUGUAAUUUAAACAAUAUUGUCCCCCUCAAAGCUGUUUGUUUGAACACAUUGCUUUUUAACCACUAGCUUUUUUUGUUUGCUUUUUUUUUUCAUGUAUUUUAACUUUUUAUCUUUGUAGAUCGAUCGCUGUCUUAUUCUGAUGAGUCCCGACUGUCAAAUCUUCUUCGGAGGAUUACCCGGGAAGAUGACAGGGACCGAAGACUAGCUACAGUUAAGCAACUGAAAGAAUUCAUUCAGCAGCCAGAAAACAAAAUGGUAGGAAAUAAGGCUUUUCGUUGUUAAUCGAAAUGAAGUUAGUUUAAGCAUUAGUUAUAGCAGUGUUUGUGUUUAUCACUUUUAUGACAUAGCAAAUUAAUCGGGACAACAAUUUCUCUAUUACUGUUUAGCACACCAAAACAACUUUGUAGUUUGCUCAGGUUUCGAGGCUUCACUAGAUAUGGGUGUUAUCUGUACUAGGGCUGGGCAAACAGUAGAUCCCCAGGUUUAUUAGAACCGCAACUUCCAUGAUGCUUUGCCAUUCUAAAACCUGACAAAGCAUCAUGGUAGAUGAUCUACAACAUCUAUAGAUUUACUGUUUGCCCAUCCCUGAUCUAUAUUGAUGCAAAAAUAUCCUGUGGGGUAGUCUUGGGAAUCUGCUUUUGAAACAUACAUAUUGUCUCUGUGAUCAAGCUAUUUGAUAAGGAUACAAUAAGUUUUGAGGGGUUGCUGCAUUGCAAAUGCAUAAGCAAAAACAAACUUGUUUGAUCUCUUUUUCAGUCCAUAAUCACUUUAAAGUAAGACAUAUUUAACAUCUCUGUAAUGAAAAUGUUUGCCACCUGUUUAAGGGAAAUUUUUUGGGAAUCCUACUCUAAAAAAAAAAAAAAAAAAAACAAACAGGCUGGCCUUUUUUUUUUUUUUUUUUUUUUUUUUUUUAGCUCAAUGGAAAAUUUCAAGCUUUUCAGAAAACUUUAGAAAAUAAUUAACACGUAGUUGGCUGCACUAUAACAAAUAUUUCAUAAACUGCAUUUAGCUGCCGAAUAUCUGUAUAAAGCCAUGUACAUUUGCCUAUUGAAAAUAGAAACUUGAAUGUAAACUGAAGAAGUAUUUGAUAAGACUGGUUGAGGACACAUUUCCAGCUGUUUCUGUAUCUAUGUUGUAGUAUUUUUGUGUGUUUUAUGUAGGUGCUGGUUAAACAACUUGACAAUAUCCUGACCGCUAUAAAUGACGUGCUAAAUGAAAGGUAAGUCUAUUUGUGUUAAGGUUGCAUAGGAUACUUCAGUAGCAGUAAAAAAUGUUUUUUUGUUUUUGUUUAUCUUGUUCUAGUUAGCUCCCCCCCUCAACAUUUUGGUUUUGGUACAUAGUUAAAGGACCACUCUAGGCACCCACACCACUUCAGCUUAAUGAAGUGGUCUGGGUGCCUGGUCCAGCUAGGGUUAACCCAUUUUUUUUUAUAAACAUGGCAGUUUCAGAGAAACUGCUAUGUUAAUAAAUGGGUUAAUCCAGCCUCUAAAGCCUCUAGUGGCUGUCUCAGUUGACAGCUGCUAGAGGCGUUUGCGUGCUUCUCACUGAAAAUCACAGUGAGAAGACGCCAGCGUCCAUAGGAAAGCAUUAUGAAUGCUUUCCUAUGAGACUGGCUGAAUGCGUGCGCAGCUCCUGCCGCGCAUGCGCAUUCAGCCGAAGAGGAGGAGAGCUCCCCGCCCGGCGCUGGAGAAAGGUGAGUGUUUAACCCCUUCCUCUCCCCAGAGCCCGACGAGUAUGUUUUCCUGGCACUAUAGUGGUCCUUUAAUCAUAGCAGUUUCAGAGCACAUCCAUGUCCAUUGGCUAUCAGGCUUGAGAUGCUUCCUCACCCAAGGUCUUUAGCUUCGUCCUUUACAAAAUCAAUAUACUUAUUGUAAUUUUAUUUUUCCCCAACCCUUUUUUUUUUCUUCUUUUUUUACAAGACUGUAUAUUUGCUUGAUGCAUUCACAGUGGAUAAAUGUUAUCUUUAUCAGUCUGCCGAUCUAUCCAUUUGCUGCCCAUUUGAUUAAAGUGACAGUUUGAGCACAAACAAUUUUAGCUUAAUAAAGUGGUUUUGGUGUAUAGAUCAUGUCCCUGCAGUCUCGCUACUCAACUCUGUCAUUGCGACUUAAAUCACUUUGUUUUCAAACUUCCUUUAUUGCACUAAAUAGAGCCUAUGUGAGCCUCCUGUGUUUGAUUCAAAUAACAGAGCAUUUAAUGAACUUCUAAAGUAAACACACUUUAAUUUCACUUUAAGAUCUGAGUGAAAUUGAAACACAUUAGUUAUUUGUUUAUUUUCUUUGUGUAGGCUUUGUGUAUCCCAGCCAGGGGCUUACAUCAGCUUGGGCUGCAUAAACUGAAUCAAAAGCGAUUAUUCUUAUUGUAAUUCAUAAAUGGUAGAGAAUUGAAUAGUGAGACUGGAGGGGCAUAAUCUAUACACUAAAACUAGUUUGAGCUAAAGUUGUUUUGGUGCUUAGAGCAAGGCUUAAAAUUAGAAGUCAAUGUUACUGGCCAUGCCUUAUGUUACCCACCACUGCAAGCCAGAGCAUAUACACCAUGGGUUCAUUUUUACUUGCCAAUGCUAAAUUUUUAAUUGUCAAUUGCUAGUGGUGAGUGGAAAUUUUGAGCUGCUUAGAGUAUCCCUUUAACACAAUGUUCAGAUUAUGUUAGCUAAUUAAUAUACUACUGUAUUCUUUAUAAAAAUAAAAAUCUCAACUUCACAAGGAUGCAACAUUUUCUUUUAAUCUAAACCCGAGUAAUUUUAAUGUACUGAACCUUAUUUAUCAAACCAGGGAUUGUCUAGAAUUAGCUGUGGAAUUGCAAAUUAUAGGUCCAAAAGCCAAAUUGCAAAAAUAAAGGAUUUGGAUAUGAUUUUUAAUCUGGCAUGUAUUUGUCACAUUUGCAUAGGCUUGGGUAGCCCACAAGGUUAAUCGCUUUCACACCAGCACUGUGAACUCCUGCCUAAUGUUCUGACUCCAGAUUCUGAAGAAACUUCUCAAGCCUUGUGUUAAAGGGACACUAUAGUCACCUAAACAACUUCAGCUUAAUGACGUUCUUCAGGUGAGAACUAUAGCUCCCUGCAGCCUUUCUCAUGUAAACACUGUAUUUUCUGAGAAAAUACAGUGUUUACAUUGAAAGAUAGUAACAACUCCAGUUGCAGUCACUCAGAGUGAACCAGAGGGACUUCGGAGUUGGAGAGCACAGAGUCAGCAGAGCACAGAGCAGCAGUGUGCACAGCAUCCUGUGAUUCAGUAUCUCCUUCCUCUGCAUGCAGACACUGAACUUUCCUCAUAGAGCUUCAUUGAUUCAAUUCAUCUCUAUGAGGAGAUGCUGAUUGGCCAGGGCUGUGUUUGAAUCAUGCUGGCUCUGCCCCUGAUCUGCCUUUUUGUCAGUCUCAGCCAAUCCUAUGGGGAAGCAUUGUGAUUGGAUCAGGCUACCACAUGUCAGCAGACUGCUUGUUUUUCUAAGUCUAACAGCAUGCAGAGUUACAGCUUCAGGCUUGAAUACAGUAAGGUUUUUACUAUAUUCAUGGAGGCAUGAGGGGCCCAGGGGGCUAGAUGGUGGAUUUAACACUAUAGGGUCAGGAAUACAUGUUUGUGUUCCUGACCCUAUAGUGAUCCUUUAAAUUGGUUAUCUUGGUCAAAAAGGAUGAUCUGUAACUCCUACAAACAGAAACAGAUUCAGUACUCCUAAGUUAUUCACUCUAUUGGUGCUUAUCUGAUGAUGUUUGGAUCUGCAUUUGGUGUUUUUCAUGCCUGUCAGUGAUUAUAAUUGUGGUUUUUUGUUUUUUUUCAUACAGUAGCAAGCUGCUUCAGGAAUUGCGACAGGAGGGCGCGCUGUGCCUUGGCUUACUUUGUGCUUCUUUGAGUUAUGAAGCAGAGAAGAUCUUUAAGUGGAUUUUUAGCAAAUUUAGCUCAUCGUCUAAGGAUGAAGUGAAACUUCUUUUUCUAUGUGCCACUUACAAAGCUCUAGAAACUGUGGGGGAAAAGAAAGCGUUUUCAUCUGUAAUGCAGGUAAGCCAUUAUUAAAUUGGAAGCUCCUUACAGACAUUAAAAGGGCACUCAAACAAUCUUAACCAUUGUGCACAGUAUUUGUCAUGGUGCAGAGAGAUUUUGUUAACAAUCAAACAUCUUUAGUGUCCAACCAUAUUCAAGCAGUUUGACUAAACCGAGGUACCAUUGUCUCUUAAAUUCUCUCCUUUACUCUUUACCUCUGCUUACUUAGACUUGCACUGCUCGGUUUGACAAGAAUCAGUCCCCAUUAUCAUUACAUUUAUGGCUCUUGCAAGACAGUGACAUGUCUAGAAAUGUUUAUACCAUGUAUAUAGGUUUGUUACCUGCUUACAAACUACAGAAUGUGUUUCAUGUUUUACUUUCUAUCCGUGAAACUUCAUGCAUCCAUUUGUCUCCUACAAUUCAUCACAAUGUCCUUAACGACACAGCAGUGCUGAUUAGUUUGUAAAUCUAGAAAUACAAUUACACCACUGUCAAACUGUAUGCUUCAUGACAACGAUGACUGUUUUGAACAAAACAAUAUCCCAUAGUGUUGGUCUGUCUGUUAUCAAUAUUUGUAUCCAUCUUUUCAAGAGCAUUCUUUGUUUCUGUGAUAACUAGAAAUAGGCAGCAGAAUACAAUGCUUUAAGAGGUGUGCUAAUAACAUAUUAGGAUUAUUUUGUUAUUUUGCCCCUAUGUCAGCUUUGUUAUGAUUAUGUAUUACACAGUGUGUGGCGAAAUACAGUUUAGAGUAUAGGUACUCUUAAUGCACAGGCCUGUCUGUACUAGAUCAUCUGUAACACUUGUAGUAUUGAAAGGCAACUAAUAAAAAAAAAAAAAAAAAGCCUCAUUGUCCAGCUAAAUGUGGCCUAGGGUUUUUAUAACUUUAGUAAUGCUUUUAAAAGGUUGCAUUGUUUAAGGAAGAUCUUUGUCUCAUUUCUUUUGUACUAUAAUUUGCUUCCUUUGCAGUUGGUUAUGACUAGCCUGCAAUCAAUUUUGGAAAAUGUUGAUACACCCGAGCUGCUGUGUAAAUGUGUGAAGUGUAUUUUACUUGUGUCCCGAUGCUACCCUCAUAUUUUCAGUACAAAUUUCAGGGUAAGAUUGAUGUUGCUGUACCAUCACACUCGUUGAAUGUUCCUUCAUGUUAUUGGCUGUGGUGUGGGGUUUGUGGGUGUUUUUUUUUUUUUUUUUUUUUUAAAACUACACAUUUUAUUCUUAUUGUUUCAUUUUGUUUUAUGUAAUUGAAAGUCAAUACAAAGUAGAUGUAUGUUCUCUGGAAAUUGGCCAGAGAAUUUGAUUUUUAAUGUUACAAUGCACAUACAGACUCCAAGUACCAUGACCCCUUGAAAACAAUGAAAUGGUCAUAGUGCUUAGUGUAAACCUUAAAAAAAAAAAAAUAAAAAAAAAAAUCAUAAAUACAUAAAUUCCUAUUGAUCAUUUUAAUUUCAUAUUUUAAAACCAACAUUUUAGGCCCACUACAUUCUGGAGUGGGUAAUGGCAAUGCAGUUAAGUUUAUAAUCAGUGCUCACACCACUCAUUUGUACCUGAUUCUUUUGUAGGACACAGUUGAUAUUUUGGUUGGGUGGCACAUUGAUCACACUCAGAAACCAUCUCUCACACUUCAAGUGUCAGGUAAGAUUUACAUACCUUCUGAUUUGUUCUAUGUCCAGAGAUAAAGAUUUUCCCCGCUACAUAAUUUUCAUAUAAUAUACAUUCUAGGGCAAAGAUAGAUGACCUUCGCACCCCAGAUGUUUUGGACUACAAUUGAUGCUUUGCCAACAUUGUGGCUGUAAGAGCAUUAUGGGGGAGAUAGUUCAAAAGAUCUGGAUUGCCAAGGGUUGCCUACCCGUGUUCUAGGGUUAUUCAUAAACUCUGUAUUACAAAUGUAAGCAAUUUAAUUACAGAUGGCAAAUUUGAAAUUAAAAUAGUUGAUUAUGAAAUCUUUCAUAUUAAAAACUUUGUUUAUAUCAAAUCUUUAUAUUCAUAGCUUGGUCAUUUUAACUUUUUUAUAGUGUGGAUUAAAUUUGCUAAAAUAUGGAUUUUAGUGAAUAACCCUGCUAGUGUUCCCUUUUAUUUAUUUUUUUAAAUGUAGUAUUUAUUAUUAUUAUUAUUAUUAUUAUUAUAUGCAGAAAUAGUUUGGGAAAACAUGUAGCUUAAAAUAAAUUAUUUUAAAACUCUUGGACACCCUGUAACCCAUUCUCUAGUCUUUCCAAUGUGCCUGAAUAAUAGAACUUUCCAGGUUCUGAACAUGGGAGAUUUAUCUGUGCACUCUCCUGCCACUACGAUUCUUUCUCUUGGACAUAGCACCCAAUAGCCUGGAAUCCUUUCUGUUCUUUCAGUCUGUAACAUCCCACUGGGGUCAUGUUCAAUCCUGGAACCCGGGUACAGUAACAGCUCUGCCUUACAAGCACAAACCACAGGGAUACUGAGGUUAAGAACAGAAUUCGGUCGGGUCAGUAAUGUCACGAGGGCUUAUAAUAAAAACAGAAAAAUCCAAGGCAAAGGUAUCCGAAGAAGGGUCAAGCAGAAAUCAGUGAGAUGGUCCAGAGGCCAGGGCAGGCGGCAGUAAGUAAAAUUCAGAGAGCAGGCAAAGUCAGGAAACCAGCAAAGUCCGUAAACACUGGGUAACAAAUGCUAGGAGUUCUGAGACAGCCAACAAAACAACCAAGCACUGAUUGAACGAUGUCCACUGCUUAUAAAGAAAUGGCUCAAUCACAUAACCUGGCCUCACCUGUAGGAGGUGUUUCCUGAGGUCAAUGUGACAGACUGUGGGACACAGCCCCAAUCUUGGAUGCAUCAUUGUCCUGGCUCCACCCACCCCUCAGACACCCCUCCUCUGACUUGCAGACCAGUUUCCUCACGCGGCGGCUGCCAUCUUGGAAUACUGGAACAAUCACUGCAAGUUCCCUGGCCAUGGAUUGAGGUUCAGAUGAUGCUGACUGUGGUGCAGCAGCCCCAGACAUUUACCAUUGCAGACUGACUUCCAGGGCGUCACAGGCACCCUGGGACAAGCGAGUAUCCUCAGAAAAUGUGACACUGCCAAAGCACUUUUAAUUACCCCUUAACCGCUGGGUUAAUUUGCACAGAUGACUCCUUGUUUGAUGUUUAAGAAUUACUGUUGAAAAACUGAUUCUUUAACUCAGGGAAUCAUGGUUCUCUACCACUUACUAGUGCAGGAGACCUUCUCCCCUCCAAUUUAAAUGUAUGUCCUACUGGGAGGAUGCACUGCAGGUGUCCUUCACGGUCUAGGAUGAUCCUACCAUAUAUAUAGUGAAUGUCCUACGCUAGCCCCUUUUUAGAGGCGGUUUUAUGACACAUGAUUUUAAUGAUGAAUGCAGGAAUAGUUUCACCCUGCGCGUAUGUUACUAAACUGAACCAUGCUUCCCAUAUCUAGAUAAAAGAAAUUACUCUCCAAACAGUCCACACCUUUUUGAUGCAACCACAUACACCCACAUUUCAAAGUUGGUUUUGUCUUCCCCCAUCCCUUUCUCUCUGCCCCUCUACAUGCCCUAAUCCCUUUCUCUCUGGGCCUCCCCCAAUCCCUUUCUCUCUGGGCCUCCCCCAAUCUCUUCUCUCUGGGCCUCCCCAAUCUCUUUCUCUCUCUGGGCCUCCUCCCAUCCCUUUCUCUCUGGGGGCCCCAAUCCCUCUGGUCUGGGGGCCCCAAUCCCUCUCUUCUCUCUGGGGCCCCCCAAUCCUUUCUCUCUCUGGGGCCCCCAAUCCCUUUCUCUCUGGGGCCCCCAAUCCCUUUCUCUCUCUGGGCCCCCCCAAUCCCUUUCUCUAGCCCCCCAAUCCCUUUCUCUGGGCCCCCCCCAAUCCCUUUCUCUCUGCUACCCCCCCCAUAUCAUCCCUUUUUCUCUGGUGUCCCCCCAUCAUCCCUUUCUCUCUGGCGGCCCCCCCAUCAUCCCUUUCCCUCGUUCUGCCAGAUUUGAAUAAUACCAUAUUACUUAAUCCGGUCAGAUAAAGAGACACAGAGUUGUUUAAAUCAUUGUUUCAGUAAACUCUCUCUUUUUUUGUUUUGCCAUAUUUUUUUUAUUAUCUUAUCAUAAGUCAGCCAGAUUGAGAGAAACUCACUUGCUCAGUUUCCACACUGACUCCGUUCUUAGACGAAGUCAAAUAUAUUUGUUGCUCAAUAGUUUCCACUAAUUUACCGUGUGGACUCUGAUUAAGAUGAAAUAAUUUUUAUAAAAUCUAGGUGGUGGAAUAAUUCACUGGUGCAUAAGGAAUUUUUAUAAUUCAUUUAAUACAGGUUACGUUUUAUCUUAUCAAUUCAGUAGGGGUUACCCCCCACCAGGAGACCUACUCAUACCUUUAUAUGAAUUGUUUUCAUUUUUGUAAACUAUCCUUGUCCAUAUUAACUGUAAUUUUUCUUUUCAUUGUUUUUGGUUUACACUCUACCAAUAAAAUGUUUUAUCCUUUUUUUGAUUGACCCAAUGUAUUUGUGAGAGUCAUACAUACAUUCAAGCACUAUAACUGCAUUCAUACAUGUGAUAAUAGUGUGUACAGUUUUACAGUGGACACAAUUUCUACAUAGACAUUAAAGGUUACUCUUAUGCACAAUGCAAAGUGAGAGGUUCCAUGUUUACGUGAUAGAAAUAAGUAUUGCUAGGAAAGCUGGAUACUGCAACUAUUAUUCGUUUCUGUAAGAACUGACUGCACUUGUAUGCUUUUUACAUCAUAAAUGUGCAAUAAAUGGGAAGAGAAGAAUUCACUGGUAUACCUGCUACCUCAUGAAGAGACUAGGAUGGACAGGGAAUGUGAUUUGCUGCUUAAUGUGAAAAAUAUAUUUGGAGGGUGUUUUAAAUAAAUGUUUGCAGUUAAGUUAACUUACUAUUUUCUGCUGACCUGGGGUGGAAUUGUAUAAGUUCACUUGUAACUGGAAAUUAAUUGAAGUCUGUGAAGAAAUUUCUAUUCAACAGAAUGUUGCGAAUAGAAUAAGCAUCUAUAGAAUUUAGCCUCAAGGACUUUGUCAUGACAUAUUGAGACGUGAACCAAGGUGUUAAAUGUAACACACUGACAAAGAUACAAGAAUGCUGUCUUGUAUUGUAUUCUGAACUCACUGGCUUAAAACUUAUUUUAAUGUAUUUUUUUUAUUUUUUCCCCCUAAAGGGUGGCUGCAGAGUUUGGAGCCAUUUUGGGUAGCAGAUCUAGCUUUUUCCACUACUCUGUUGGGGCAAUUUCUGGAAGACAUGGAGGCUUAUGCUGAAGUAAGAGCAUGUGUUAAUUUGUUACGUGUGUGUGUGUAUGUAAGAUUUUUUUUUUUUAUAUAUAUUUCUUUUUUUUCAUAUUUUGGCAAAGCCUUAAAUGUCUGUAUCGUUCUAUGUAAGCCGUGUCUUCGAGUUUUAUUCUGCUAGCACUGUCUGAUUCACAGUAUGAAUUUGGGACGUUUAUUUUGUGCAUCAAGCUCAGAGUAAAUGAGUUGAAUGGUUGUGCACAUUUUCCUUCACCUGUCAGCUGUAACACUCCUUUUGAAGGCGUAGGUGAAAACUUUAAAACGGUUUGUUGCAUAUAAAAUUGGUGAAAAUAAUUAGAGUGAAGAGUGACAGUGGUUCAUCAAAAGCUGAAUUGCAAACUAAUUUCUCCCAGAUCUAGGUCAGUUUAGAUUCAGAUUUGGAUACUUCGUUUCAUACUGCAGACCUAACUAGUAAAUGAAAUGCUUGCAUAAACUGCAAGUGGCCAUUGCAUAUACAUCAAAAGGAGUUGGGCCUCCCAAGACCUCCUUAUAUCCAAAGAAAACUACUUUUUGUUGCCACCUCUUUCAUUUAUGUGGGUGGUGUGAGUAGUUUUGUUUUUUUUCCAUGCGUCACCUCUAUGCCUCUAAAUAUUAGUGGGCCUGGUAUGGGUGUCUCAGCUGAUGUCCACAUAUCCUACAGAAAGUGUAUUCUUCACCUUCAAUGCUCAGUGUCAUUUUGAAACAAAACAAAGCUGAUGAAUGAUAUACAUAUAAUACAGCUGUUAUUAAAAGAUGUAAGUAGUAUUUGUGCUGUAGAGUGAGUGUGUGUUUUUUUUUAUUUUUUUUUUUUAUUAAAGCCGAAUGAAAACCUGAGGCAAAAAUAGAUGAUCUGGAAAUAUUAUCCAAAUCUGUCAUGUUCUACUUGCACCAUGACUUAAACUUAAAGCACUUUCAGAUGAUUAUUAAUUUAUGCACCUUUAUUUAAUGUUAAGGUGACACUACAGUCACCCAGACCAUUUUAUCUCAAUGAAGUGGUCUGGGUGCAGUGCCCCUUUCCUAUUAACCCUUUAAUAUAAAACAAACAACCAAAGAAAUGGAGCGCUUUGGAUUGGACCCUAUUGUGGAUGAUGCCAUGUCAGUAGGCAGAGAGGCCAUCACUGCUGAGAGAUCCUUUGUGCUGGAAAAAGGUGAAUAAAGCCCUGUCCUCUGCAGAUGGUUUAUACCAAAAUUAUUUAAGAAUACUUUUCCGAUUUCCGAUCAUAGGACUUGGGCCAUGUGGCCUCUGGAGAAUCUGUUGAUGAAGAUAUUCCUCCUCCUUCUGUCUCUUUACCCAAGCUUGCUGCUCUUCUUCGAGUAUUCAGUACAGUUGUGCGUAGCAUUGGGGAACGAUUUAGUCCCAUUCGAGGACCACCCAUCACUGAAGCCUAUGUUACCGAUGUAAGUAUUUUGUUUGUAUAUAGUCAAACUUAGUCUGAUAAUUGUUUAAAAAGAACUUAGUAACUGCCACAGAACAUCCACAAUUAAGGUACCUGUUGUACAUCUCAAAAUAUGUACCUUCUGUCAGUAGACUUAAGACUUACAUUUUUUUCAUAUGUAAAGGGUUUUGUAGAGACCAACCAAGCCUUAAAGGGACACUAUAAUCACCAAAACAACUUUAGCUUAAUGGAGCAGUUUAGCUUAAUGGAGCAGUUUUGGUGUAUAGCUCAUGCUCCCUGCAGUCAUUUUUGUUUAUACAGCACUAGGCACACCUGCCUGCAUGUGACUUACACAGCCUUUCUUAACACUUCCUGAAAAGCGUCAUCUAAUGUUUACACUUCCUUUAUUUCAAAUUCUGUUUAAUUUAGAAUUUAUCUCCUGCUCUGUUAGUAGCUUAAUAGACACUGCAGGAGUCUCCUGCAUGUAACUAAAGUUCACAUUCCAGAGCAGGAGAUAAAUUUUUUUAAAAUAAGUCCCACCUAAUUGAAAAUGAAACCAUUUUUCUUUUAUGAAGGCUCUGUCAGUCACAACAUGGGGAGGCAUGGCUAGGGCUGAAUGGACAGGAAAAAAGUGAUUUAACUCCUAAAUUGCAGAGAAUUGGGCAGUGAGAGACUGCAUGAGCAUGAUCUAUACACCCACACUGCUAAAGUUGGUUUGGUGACUAUGGUGUUCCUUUAAAUCUAUUGAUUCAUCUUGAUGCAUAUAUUUUUAUAUUUGUGUGUGUAUAUAUAAUUUUAUUUAUUGGUUAAAGAUUUACUUAUUUUGUUUUUAUUCCAUUCUUUUAGAUCCUUUAUCGCGUUAUGAGAUGUGUGACUGCUGCCAACCAGGUGUUCUCUUCUGAAGCUGUGCUAACUGCUGCCAAUGAGUGUGUUGGUGUUCUGCUUGGUAGCAUGGACCCCAGCAUAACGAUUCACUGUGAGAUGGUUAUUACAUACGGGUUGGAUCAACUGGAGAACUGUCAGACAUCUUGUACUGAUUACAUAAUCUCUGUUCUGUACCUGCUCACUUUGGUACGUAACUUAGAGUAAUUUCAUUCACACACUUCACUUCAAAUAAAUAUAUUGUGCCUUACACGUGCCUAUACCAGUAUUUACUAGUCUAAAAAGAUCAUUUUUCUUAGCCCCGAUCUUAUUCCCUACUGGUAUCACAAGGGACAUGUGAUUUAGUCCACUGUAGUAUAGUAAAAAAAAUCAUGAAUAAAUGUAUAUAUUGAGCCACCAAUCUAUUUUUAUUUUUUUAUUCACCAGUCUAUCUAUUUUCGUAGUUUGUGGGUUUCUGUCAUUGUUCAUAGGACAAGACCAACAACAUUACAGUGAGAAUAUUUAAGAUCUUGUCUACAGUGAAUAGUUAUUUGAUUUAUUUGCUGUGCCUGUUGUUUACAGCUUAACCAGUCUUUGUGCACCUCCAAUGGGUCAUGUCUCAAAAUAUGACACCAAUGUAUAUCUAAUGUAUACAUUAAAUGUGCCAUGUAUGAUUGUAGCGGUUUUAUAAUAUUGCUAGGGUACUACUAUAAACUGUUUUCUUAUUAAAUUCCAUUAAAAAUAAAUAAAAAUAAGAUCUAUACAUUUGAGCAGUAAGUUCCUCUCCUAUCCCAAGGUGCUACAUGGGGCAUAACAUGAUGGGCGGAAAGAUUUUGUAUAGUUUUAACAUCAGUAUUGAUCAUACUUUUCCAGAUUGUUGAGCAAAUUAACACAAAAUUACCAUCAUCGUUUGUGGAGAAGCUGUUUGUCCCAGACUCUAAACUGCUUGCGUUACGGUACCAUAAAGAGAAGGAGGUAAGAAAUGAAUAAUGCUAUGUCAGAAAAUGACCUUUUUACAACUUAUGCUAUCUAAUAGAUUUUUGGUUAUUAACCAUGACACAUGCCUGGGCUUUCCCCAAAGAUUCUUUAGAUGGGAAGUUUAGAGGUGAUUUUUCAGCACAGUAAAAAUUAUUUCCUUGGAACCCGCUAUUAAAGAUGAUUUUUUUUUUUUUUUGUAAUUUCAUUUUAAUAUCCCUUUCAGAGGUUAUCCAUAGAUAUUGUAGUUAAGAAAAAUAUAGACUAGAUGCAUUGUCAUAACAGUGUUUAGUAUAUUAAUUUCAAAUUUUUUAAUGUUCUGGAUUAGUAUUUCCUAUUGUACAUAAUUUUGUGUUUUUCUAGUGUAUAAUGGCAGUGCUCUCAGCGUGAUCGCUGGACAGGUACUCCUGUUAUUACCUGACCCACGAUCAGGCCAGAUGCUCGCUUUACUGUGGUAUAGCACAUUAUUAUCAGGAGCUUUGUUUACAUGUCUGACUAGCUUGUGUACUUCAAGUCCCGACAACCUGUGGUUCUGUGGAGUGAGGAAAGCCCCCAUACCAUUUUCUGGUUUCUUUCUUCAUGGUGGAACGCAUGCCAAACUUUGCUUUCCACUGCGAUUUAUUGGUAUUUUUGUUCCCCUGGAAUUUCUAAUUUGACUGAUAUUUUAUAUAAAUGUUUCACACUUUAAGGUGAUUGGAGCAGCGCAUGCAGUAUAUCAAGCAGUAUUGUCUCUGAAGAACAUUCCUGUCCUGGAGACUGCAUAUAAGUUGAUUUUGGGAGAAAUGACGUGUGCAUUAAAUAGUCUACUGAACUGUUUGCAACUACCUGAAGCCUGUUCUGAAAUCCAACACGACGCUUUCAAGAAUCAUUCGUUUACUGUGGACAAUGCAAAGUUUGUCUUCAUAUUUGACCUUAGUGUGUUGACAACAAUUGGGAAUGCAAAGAAUUCAUUGAUUGGCGUGAGUAUAUUCCUCUAUGUUCAUUAGUGCAAUGUGCACGUUGGAUUAUAAAUGGUCAUUGCUCAUGUCAAUCUUAAGAUUUUUUUCUUUUCUGAUAUUUGCUUGAUUAGCCAAACAUUUCUGCCUCUCUUUCCCAAUGCAAUGUUUCCCUUUUUGCUCUAUAAAUUUAGCUGUUAAUUAUAUUAUGACAUAGGUUUUUGGGAGUUGUAGUUCAGCUGUUGGCAAUCUACAUUAGAAAGCCAUCCAUCUAUGGAUUUGUAUAGUGCAUGAAAAGGGCAAACUCUACUUUUUAUGUUUGAAAUUGAGAGUUGCUGUGCCUAAAAAGCACUGUUUAUAUGAGAACAUAAGCUGUGCUAUAAGUCACUUCCUGGUUUGUGAGUUCAGUGGACAAACCUUUAAUUUGAAACUAGUUUUGGAGUUUAUUUUUAAACAUUAUCUAUAUAAUGCAUUUAGGAAUGACUCCCUUGAAUUUCUGUUAAAGGAUUUCUUUUUUCAAUGAGUCAUUAUUUGAUAACCUAAUCAGGAAUUCUAAUAAGCAAGGAACUUCUGUUUCUUAGGGACCUUCAGUUUUUGUCAAACCAUUUAAACAAUUUGACACGAAACUCUGGGACAGCACCAGAAGCAUGCUAGCUUUUAAUCUCUACAACAGACUGUAACAGUAGAAUUUUCAACAAUGUGUUUAAUUCUAUGUUCUUUUGACUAAUUCAUUUAUCUAGGGAGAUUUCUCAAGUGGUUUAGCUUUCCGAUCUCCACAAUGUUGCCCAAGUUAGUCAUGGCAAGCUGUUACUGUUUUGCUUGCGUCUGGGAAAAAGUGUGCACAAAUGCUUUGCGCCCUUUGGGUAGAAUAUUGCGAUAUAAAGCCUAUUUUAUGUGUUGGUAAUUAAAUUGAGUUUGGUUGCCUUUUUUUUUUUUUUUUCCUCCCCCAGAUGUGGGCUUUGUCCCCCACCAUGUUUGCAUUGCUGAGUAAGAAUCUAAUGGUCGUACACAAUGACAUAGCCACCCACUAUCCAGCUGUGCAAUAUUCUGUUCUCUACACAUUAUAUUCACACUGUACCAGGUAAGGCAGUUUAUGUAGAGCAAUGUUUUUGUUUUGUCGCUAACCUGCUUUGGAUUUUAAUGCUUCCAAAUUGAUUUAUACAUUUUAACUGCUUUUAUAUCAGGACACUCAAAUUCCAUUUUAAAAAUAAAAUUUGUUUUUUAAAUAAAAAAACGCAUGUGUUGGCCAGUGUUUUAAGUUGCAGUAAACUUUAUUGUUAGUUUUUUUUUGCUGUAUUAGUUCCUUUGUUGAUAUGUUCAGCAAAAUCCUGCCUGAUUGACACUGAAGUCUUAACUGCAUACUUAUGCCUCGAUGAUUUUUUUUUAUUUUUUUUAUUUUUUUUUAACUUUUAGUGCAUACUGUUGUCCUCUUAAUCAUUCACAUAUUUACACAACUGCAUUUUACCUGGGUGUAUUACGCUGACUAGCCUCCUCUGUCAGCACAAUUAUAAUUUUAUGACAUUUGUCUGCUUAUUCAGAAUUCCUACAAAGACAAGACCUAUAUUUUUGCUGAGAAGUUUUAAAUUAAUCUGUGUAGUAAACAUGUUUUUAGGUGCACUGCAAAACAUUAAAUGUUAAUAUUAACAUGUACACAACAUAAAUGUUGAGCUUUUGUUUAACAAAAGUUCAAGUGUUUGAAAAGUGACUUAACAGCAUAUUAAUGAUAUUAAAUGUAAGAAUGAAUCAUAUCGGGCAGGGAGUAGAUUAUUAAAUGCAUCCUGCUGUUAUAAAGUACAUUGUUAGACAUAUCUAUCAACUUUAGUAAAGAAUAAAACUUUAUUGAAUAUUUAGUGGGUGACGCCAAGCACCAUGACUAGUUCACUGAUUUGUAGUGAUCAUUGUCCCUGCAGUCUGCAGUUUUUUACUUUAAAAUGUGCUCAUACAGAAUGCAACCCCUCUACUUCCAGAGGAGUAACUCCAUCUCCGGCAAUGUCAUUGGAGCAUCAUUACCCAGCCCAAUCUGGCUAAUGUCAGUUCUGUGCAAACUUUGGUGUCUGUUGUCAGCAUGCACAGCCUAAUGAUGUCAGGUAGCCAAUGAUGGCACAGUCCAUACCCUCUCUCCUCUGUACUACCCAUCUCUGACACCCCUCUACCUAAAGCAAGAGGGAGUGACAUCAGUGGAGGAAGAUUGGAUUGAGAGAAAAAUUGGUCUCUGCAAAGUAAUGAAAGGGAGUUUAAUCUUUUUUUUUUUUUUUUUGCUCGGUUUUUGAUCAACGUAAUCCUUCCUAUCCCACAUGCCCACCCAUUCUGGAGGUCUUGCUUGCUUGCUUUUCCACUCCAAUGCUUCUCAUUGAGUAGUAUUGGAGAUGUGCAUGCAUGGCCGAUCAAAUGCUUCUCAUAGGGAAGCAUUGAAUCCAAUGGACAUCUCUAUGAAAGUAGAUUGUGGGUUAUAUCAGCUCGGAUGCUGUCAUCAUCAGGUGGAGCUGGAUGGAGGCUGUAGCAGAGUAGUCCUGGAAAUCUUUUUAUUUAUUUAUUUUUAAUGUCAAAAAGGGUUGGACGUAAAGAAAGUUAUAGUCCCAAAUAAUUAUUUUUAGGACUAGAGGUGUCACGGUGUAAUACCCCAACACGCAGAAUUUAGGAUAGCCAGGGACAAAACUAGGAAAUAACGUAUUACCGGGCCUUAGACUAAAUCAGGCCGGACUAAACAUUAGACCGAGAAAAGGCGUAAUCAUAGAUGAGCCGAGGUCAAGGUAACGGAGAGGUUCCUUUUAAUGCCUGUCCCUUCGUUUCAUUUGUGAACAAUAUAAGUAUUUUAUUUUUUUUUCAUCCUGUUUUUAAAUUCAAAAUGUAUUUAUUUAUUUUGUCCUUUUGCAGACAUGACCAUUUUAUUUCCAGUAGUCUCAGUUCCUCUUCUCCAUCUUUAUUUGAUGGAGCAGUGAUCAGUACAGUUACCACUGCCACAAAGAAGCAUUUCUCUGUGAUUUUGAACCUUGUGGGAAUGCUGCUAAAGAAAGAUAAUCUGAGCCAAGAUGCAAGGUAAGAGGUGACACUAAAGUGAAUAAUUUUAUUACUACAAGCAGAUCAUGUUAAGGGCAUAUUUACUGCCCCAUUGGCCAGCUGUGGCUUUUAUUAUACUUUUAGAGAUUGCUGUCUGUCUGUGGGCUGGUUUUUGUUGUAUGGUGUUUUUUCUUUUAUAUUCAUAAAUUUUUACUCUUGUUUUACAUUAAAUUUUGUUUUAA